CACAACUUCUUCGAAUGUCGGUUGUACGAUGACCCACAAGGUAAUGAGACACAAUGUUUCAGGAUAUGUCACCCACCAUCGGCCUAACAUAUGUUCCCGCCGGCAACGCUCCUCCAACCCCACCACAGAAUGACACGUUAGACGAUAUCUACGGCUCCGCGCCGUCAUCCCCCCUCCUCGCCUCCCACGAUACCAAUCGCACCAACCCCCGCAGCGAAGAAAUUCUCUCCGACCUUCCUUCCCGCCAGCGCGCUCUAGACACGGACGCUUACCGUGAAGGCCUUGCCAACAGCAAGGGUCAAUUCAUACAAGAAGGGUUCGACGAGGGCUACUCUCUCGGCGCGAACCUGGGGCUGCUCGUAGGCUAUAUCUUAGGGGCUCUGCAAGGCUUUGUUGCUGCGUUGAGAGGACACGACGAGGCGCGGUGGAAGGACGCGAAGGGGAUGCUGGAGGAUGCUCAGAGAGAGCUUGCGAUGCAGGAACUGUUGAACCAGAAGUGGCUUGACCAAGAGGGUAUAUGGAAGUGGGAAGUUGAGGGCAAGGAGGAGGAGGUUACAUUUAGAGAGGUCGCGGAACAGCAUCCUGUUGUGAGGAUGUGGAUAGAGAAGGUUGGUCAGACUGCAAGAGAGUUAGGAGUCGAGCUCGAGGCUGUGGAGAGGAGCCGACAGACGGAAAUGGAUGCAGCUGAGGCAUCUUAAAGUUUGCGAUUGGAACGACCAUCUUCGUGAUGGCGAAAGGACUCUUUCUCCAACGUUGUCGGUCGCCGAGGAGGCAGAAAGCGUUGGGCCUCGUCGCGCAGCGCACCAUGGCCCACGGGCUCGAUGUCACGCUGCCGAAGCUUGGAGGUAUCCCCACAAGAUGUUUCCAUGGACCGCUCAUGGGCUUUCAGGACGUUAUUGAGCAUGGUCCACAUGUCUUAAGGCUGGUAUCGGCCUUUGGAUCAUGCACGAUCCAUUGGGAAGCCGCUAGCACCACGGCAAGCUGAGUUUGAAUCUGCACUGAGCAUCGAGUAUUGAAGCAUAGUAUACCGCUUGUAUGGCUGCUGCCAGCCGCAGCAAGUCAUAGCCCGCAAGGAUGCGGACGAGCACUCCCACAACAAUUACAAAAGCUCCACUAUAGGGCUUGGAACGGAGUAGAUUAUUUCGGAAGAAGCCCUUGAAUACAAACAAAGCCUUCC